UUUGUGAUUGACAGUCGCAUGUCCUGCGCGUGGAGAUGUUUGUGUGCAGCGAGGCGUGUUUUGUGCUGUUGCUCGCGCGAGCUCUAGUGAUCAGUGCAGCACUAUCCAUCGAUCAUCAGGAGGAGUUACAGCGCAGAAAAGAGAUGAGGCGAAGAAUCAGUUCUCAGCAGCAGUACGCAGAGGACGCCAUCUCAGGCCACGCCCCCUACACCUUAUUUGGUCAGUGGGCGGGGCAGAGAACCGCCAGACACGCCUCACAGCGGAGCCAGACCAAGCCUUCAGCGUUUGGAGUCUCCUUCCACAAGUGCGCUCAGGUGGAGUCGGGGGGCGGGGUGUCUGCGCAGGUGCAGGUGCGUCUGCAGGUCAGUAAUCCGCAGCAGGGUGGUGAUCUGUCGCAGCUCUGCAUCCGUGACUCUGUGUCGGGGGUCACUCUGCUGCAGCCCAACAGCAGCGUCCAGGAGAGAGGCUUCCAGACCUUCAGCGCCGACUCACUGCGCGCUGGCUCUCAGUAUGUGGUUUUGUACAGGAUGAGUGUGAAAGGAAACAGAGACCAGAUUCUCAAUCUCCCAGCGUAUCUGACCUUCUCCAACGCCACGCAGAAUGACAUUCAUCUAUUUGGUCCAGUGAUCGCCAAUUUCACUGUGAGGAUAAACACAACUGAACAGGCUGGCGUGGAUCGCUCUCUUCUCCUCGUGGGUUUUGUGGUCUCGUUUCUCCUGACGCUCCUGUUGGUGUCUCUGGGUGUGGUCAGUGUGAACUUCCUGCGGCGCAGACGACUGCGCAGCUGCGCUCCACACACGAGAAACAGCAUCAAUGAAGAGGCGGGGCCAUACGAGUGUGACAUCACUGCGGCAGCCAAUGAGGAGGCAGCGUUUGAGGAUAAGUUUGUGGAUAUCGUGAUGUUGGAGGAUCCACAAAACAUGAUUCAAGCACUUGACAGUCUGCAGGUGUCGUGUGUGUUGCGUGCGGCGGUGUGGGUGGAGCGAGUGCGGGUGCAGAUGUUUAAGGGGCUGCUGUCUGUGCUGCUGGCGGGUGUUCGGGCGGCGGGGCGUCUGAGUGAUCGGGGCGAGAGGCGUGUUCUGGGGGUCGUUCAUGGGCAGAUCGUGGGCAUGGAAGGGAAAGUCCAGGAGGAGCAUGUGGCGCGGAUGGCAGCGCUCGCCGCUCAGUGUAACCUGGAGACGCAGGAGGAGAUGGAAACACAGCAGCGCAAACACAUGAGCGAGACGGCGCACGCAGAGCGACUGUUCCAGCACGCGCCGCGGCCACAGGACGUGCUGGAGGUUCGUUCUCUGCUGGAGAAGCUUCAUAAGGAAGAGCUGAAGCGUCUGCAGAAGCUGCUCCUGAUCAGGCAUGAACACGCGUCUGCGCAGGCACAGAGGCAGCAGGCGCUGCGGCGGCGCUUUGAGCUGCACAAGAUCUUCGGUGAGGAGCUGGAGGAGGCCGUCCGAACGGGAGAGCUGGAGAAAAGCACUGCCGACAAACUCCAGCUGCAGUACUACAGCCGUCAGGACGCUCUGGAGGAGGUGCUUGAUGUCCUUCUGGCCAAUCAGAGAGCACUGCUGGCCGAGCGACAUGCACAGCGCCGCUUCCUGCUGCAGAGUUUCCAGAGUCUUCAGGCCGUGACGAGUGAGGCGUUCAGCAGCAGCGCACGACGCAUUAGAGACGCACAAGCUCACGGGGAGUGUGGUUUCUCCCAACAGUGUUCUGAUGUUCAGUUGGAGAUUCUGCGGGUCAAACAGAGUUUAGAAGAAAGUGUGAGUCGUGAGCGCAGCGCCAUCCGCUGUGACAUCAUCAAGAGGAGACGGCAGCUGCUGUCUGAGAAGGUGUGUGAGCACUGGAGUCAGCUGCAGGCCGCGAGCGCUUCCUCUGACGUCACGGCGGAUCAGUACCUGCAGAGAUGGACUCAAAUACUGAUGUAUCAGAACAAUGAACUGUCAGAACUCAUCAGUCGCCUGGAUGAAGAGACUGCAGGCAGGAUGCGCAAGAUGAGUCUGUGCUUGCUGCAGAGUUUGCUAGCGGAGCUGAAGGCGCAUACGGCUGCGUCGUGUCCAGGAGCUGCGCAGCUGCUGCCGCAGACGGAGGAGGUUCAGGAGCGUCUGCAGCGUCUGGGUAAAGAGGCGGCCCGCGAGCUGCGAUCCACUCAGAGCUGCAUCCGACAACAGCAGCAGCAAGAGCUGCAGGAGCAGAGGAGCAUCAGAGACGCCUUCAGAGAAUACUGCAGCUGUGUGUGUGCGUGCCUGCGCUCUCUCUCGCGUGAGCAGCGUCUGCGUCUGCAGCUGGAGUGUGUGAAGGCUGCGUGUCGUCUGUCUCGCUGUCUCGCUCUUCCACACGCCGUCUGUGAGCUCAAACGGCACGACGCUGACCCCAGUGACCCCGCCGUGACCCCCGCUGACGAGGAGACGGAGAGGUCAGAGGUCACAGAGCUGCAGUGUUUCCAGAGGCGUCUGCAGGAGCGACUGCAGCAGAGCGACACACAGAGCGACACGCCGCAGCAGGCGUGGCACGAGGCGUGUGUGUUUCAGGAGCAGCAGCUGCGUGUGUGUCAGGAGUGUGUGGCUGUGUUUGUGGCGUCACUGCAGUGGGAACAUGCGGAGAAGAAAACGAAAGUGACGGAGACACACACAGCCCUGCUGCAACUACAAACACUCCUCAGACCAGAGAUACUCCACGCUGACCUCACACACAACGUCAACACACACCGCCUGGCUCUUGAGGAGGCGGAGCUCCAGCUUCAGCAGGAGGAGCUGAAGUGGGAGGAGUCAGUGGAUGGGCGGGGCUGUUCGAGCUCAGAUGAUGAUGAUGAUGAAGAGGAGGAUGUGUUAAUGGCGGACGGUGGAGUCGCUGCUGUCCUGCAGGAGGCGCUCUUCAGGAGGCAGUGUUUGACCGACAGAGUGCUGCGGAGGAAUCAGACACUAGAGCAUCAGAAAGAUCGACUCCAGCUGAAGAGACUGCAGACGUACUGUGAGCAGGAUCUGGAAUUUACAGCAGCGUUGGUCAAACAGUCUCUGAUGUCUGUUCCUGAUCUCCACAAGGUCCUGCGGCUCCUGCUUCCUACAGUACCUGAAGGAGAACUGCUGUCACUCAUAGAUGCACUAGGACCCGGAGCAGGGGUAUCAGGAAGCUGCUCGUCUCUGGCAGACAGACUGAGACACGACGUGCUGAGCAGAAAUCUGUCUGACGCUCCUCAGCACAGAGACAGAGACAGGUUCCUCAAGAAGCGGCAGAAGCUCCUCGACAAGCUGUUGUCCGGCGCUGGAGGUUCUGGAGAUGCUGGGGAGAGUCAGCGGAGACGCCGCCGCAAACCAGAACUUCCUGUUCCAGAACCUUCCGAGGAGACGGAGGCGGGGCCUGAGACGAGGGGCGGUGAGGGGGCGUGGCCUGAGAGUGUAGCUCAGGACAGUCUCGUCUCUAUGAGGGAUGAUAGUGAAGGGGUGUGUCCUGAGGGUGAGGGGGCGUGGUCUGUGGGCGUGGCUCAGGACAGUCUCGUCUCUAUGAGGGAUGAUAGUGAAGGGGUGUGUCCUGAGGGUGAGGGGGCGUGGUCUGUGGGCGUGGCUCAGGACAGUCUCGUCUCUAUGAGGGUUGGCAGUGAAGAGGUGUGUCCUGGGGGCAUGGCUGCAGUCGAGGGGGUGUGGCCUGUGGGCGUGGCUCCGGACAGGCUCGUCUCUGCGGAGCGGCUGUUUGUUUUCCGCUGCGUUCCUCCUGCAGCUCAGCAGCACACACAAUCAUCUCGCUCACGCAAGAAACGCAACUUUCUGAACUUCAAGAAGAGCAGUGUGGCUCCCCAGCCAAACACGUGACACUACUUCGCAAAUCAUCAUGGGAAUGUAAUUAUGAGUCUUUUGUGUAUCUAUUGUUCUUUUAUCAUGGCUGGCGAGAGCUGAUUGGUUGAUUCCUGUUGUGGGUGUUCAGUCCUCCAGUCACAUCAUCCAGAUGUGUGUUUUUCCUUCACAAACACUCAGAUGAUCGACCUGCAGCUUCAUGUUUACACUCCUUUUUAAUAAUCAACCUUUUUAUUUUAAUCUAUCAUGAUAAUUUAAAAAAUGAAUUAGAACGGUUUUAUUUCUGACACUUGAAUUCGUCUGCCAUUUGACUUUGUGUUGUAUACGAACUACAGAAACCACAGAAUCAGCCUCUGCGAAGGAAUCGUUUAUUUAAAAGGUUUGAGAAAUAUCCGUUGAUCUGAACUCUACACAGACGUCUGUGAGUCUGAAAACGAGUGACUCUUUUGUCAGUGAAGCUCAGAGCUGCUGUCCGUCUUCAUCAUCGUCAUCAUCAUGUUGUUCUGUCCAUCACUGUGUUUAUUUGCAGCUGGUGAGUCCGACGCCAUCCUGACAGACAGAGAUUUACGCUGCUAUGAGAGUGUUCACAUGUAUUUAACAGAAAGAUUACAAACUGAUCAAUACUUUAAAUCAGACAAACGAAGGGAACGUCUGACGUACUUUUCUCUGUUGAAGGCGAUGAAAUCUUCUGCCAGCGCGUCUAAACUGCUCUGCAUGUGCGUCGGCUGAGAAACAGACAGAUUUCAUUCAUCAAACUGAUGUAUUAAUAAGAAGACCAUCAGAUUCAAGGCAAUGUCAUCUUACAAUACUCAAAAUAAUCCUUCACUCGCCCUCGUGCCUCUGAACCGUCUGACGUUCUCCGGUCUGAUGUUUCACGCUGGACGAGGACUGAAGCUUUCAAGCUUCAAAAAGGACACAAAUCACCAUUAAAAAGCACAUCUGCUCUGUUCCACCUCUUCUGACGUCUGAUGAUGAUGAUGAUCUGUGUGAUUUAAAUCAUUAUUCACUGAUCAUCAUCAUCAUCCUCUGUUCUGUGACCGGCUCCAGGUGAAUAAUUGAACAUGAUUACAAUGCAGGGUUUCUGCAGAAUUCACUUUUAUAAAUUAAAUCAGAGCAGAAAGUCUCAAAUACAUGAAGUCAUGGCAGUAAAUGUUGCAUGCACUGCAAAAAAAUGAAUCUCCUCUUCAGUGUUUUCAUUUUGUUUUCCAGUGCAAAUAUCUAAAG